AUGAUUGAAGCACAACAUUUGUCGUUCAUUAGAGCAAAUCAGAAGUUAAUACGUUAUGACAUUCUUAAUGGAUUACAAAAGGUUGUUAAUAGAGGAGAGACAAAUUCAUCUUCCAUUGGAAGACGUAUAGUCUUGCUUGCUUCCUUCACUGGUGGUACAAGGUAUAUGUUUAACAACUGCCAAGAUGCUAUGGCAAUUUGUAAGAAAUUUGGAUAUCCUGAUUUGUUCAUAACUAUAACAUGCAAUGUAAAUUGGAGUGAAAUACGUGAUUUUGUUUCUCCAAGAGGUUUAACUAUAUCAGACAAACCUGACAUUGUGUGUAUGUACACAGUAGAAUUUCAAAAAAGAGGAUUACCACAUGCUCAUAUACUUUUAUGGUUAGAUGGAGAAAGCAAACUGAAGACUGCAGCAGAUAUUGAUAAGAAGGAUAUUUGUCAUAUAGAAAAUUCCAGUGUGGUUCCUUACAUUCCACCUCUUUUAAUGAGGUACCAAGCUCAUGUCAAUACAGAGUAUUGUAACAAGACAAAUGCAAUCAAGUAUUUGUUCAAGUAUGUCAACAAAGGUCCGGACAGAGCUAUAGUUAAAAUAACUAAUGUUGUUGCAGAUUUGAACAAAGAAACAAUUAUUGAUGAAAUAAAAAGGUGUUAUGACUGUAGAUACCUGUCACCAUGCCAAGCAGUUUGGCAAACAUUUGCUUUUGAUAUUCACCAUAGGUGGCUUGUUGUUCAAAGAUUAACACUCCAUCUUCCAGGAGCACAAUCAACAUUGUUUAAAGAUGAUGAUGAUAUUCAUGCUGUAUUCAACAGAUGCGAAAACAGUAACACAAUGUUUCUUGGUUGGUUCGAGGCUAAUCGAAAUUAUAUAGAAGCAAAAGAUUUGACUUACGGGGAAUUCCCAACUAAAUUUGUUUGGAUGGCAAAAGAAAAAGAAUGGAAACCAAGGAAGAAAGGCUACAACAUUGGUAUAAUUACUUAUAUUCCGCCUGGCUCUAGAGAAAUCUAUUAUAUGAGAAUAGUAUUGACAAUUCAAAAAGGUUGUGUUAAUUAUGAGAGCAUAAGGACAAUUGAUGGACAAAUGUAUGAAACAUUCCAGGAGGCUUGUUAUGCUUUAGGACUAUUGACGGAUGACAAAGAAUUCAUUGAUGCAAUUAAGGAAGCCAGUGAAAUUGCUUCUGGAUAUCAACUUAGAAGAUUGUUUGUUACAUUGUUGGGCACCAAUACAAUGUCAAAACCUGAUGUAGUUUGGAAUUCUACUUGGAGUGUGUUAUGUGACGAAUUUUUGAAUGAAAUCAAAUGCUCAGGUAUUCUGAAUCACAGAUUGAAGCUGAAAACAGGGGUAUCAAUCAUGCUUCUUAGAAAUAUUGAUCAAGCCAAAGGUCUAUGCAAUGAAACAAGAUUGCAAGUGAAUCAUUUAGGAAAAAAUGUCAUCUCUGCAAUUGUUAUUACAGGUAAAAACAUUGGUGAUAAAAUUUUUAUCCCAAGAAUGGAUUUAGUUCCUUCAGAUUCAGGUUUGCCAUUUAAAUUCCAAAGAAGACAGUUCCCUAUAUCACUUUGCUUUGCAAUGACCAUCAAUGAAAGUCAAGGUCAAUCUCUGUCUAGAGUGGGACUCUAUCUUCCACGUCCAAUUUUCACACAUGGACAGCUCUAUGUUGCCAUCUCUAGAGUAAAAACCAAAAAAGGACUCAAAAUACUUAUUCUAGAUGAAGAUGGAAAUAUCACAAACACAACUAAAAAUAUUGUGUACAAGGAUAUUUUUAAAACUCUUUUAACAAAGACCAAACUAUAG